AUGCACGUGGUGUGUAUGGGCGUGGGCGAUGCAUGUGGUGUGUAUGGGCGUGGGCGAUGCAUGUGGUGUGUAUGGGCGUGGGCGAUGCACGUGGUGUGUAUGGGCGUGGGCGAUGCACGUGGUGUGUAUGGGCGUGGGCGAUGCAUGUGGUGUGUAUGGGCGUGGGCGAUGCAUGUGGUGUGUAUGGGCGUGGGCGAUGCACGUGGUGUGUAUGGGCGUGGGCGAUGCAUGUGGUGUGUAUGGGCGUGGGCGAUGCAUGUGGUGUGUAUGGGCGUGGGCGAUGCACGUGGUGAGUAUGGGCGUGGGCGAUGCACGUGGUGUGUAUGGGCGUGGGCGAUGCACGUGGUGUGUAUGGGCGUGGGCGAUGCACGUGGUGUGUAUGGGCGUGGGCGAUGCACGUGGUGUGUAUGGGCGUGGGCGAUGCAUGUGGUGUGUAUGGGCGUGGGCGAUGCAUGUGGUGUGUAUGGGCGUGGGCGAUGCACGUGGUGUGUAUGGGCGUGGGCGAUGCACGUGGUGUGUAUGGGCGUGGGCGAUGCAUGUGGUGUGUAUGGGCGUGGGCGAUGCAUGUGGUGUGUAUGGGCGUGGGCGAUGCACGUGGUGUGUAUGGGCGUGGGCGAUGCAUGUGGUGUGUAUGGGCGUGGGCGAUGCACGUCGUGUGUAUGGGCGUGGGCGAUGCAUGUGGUGUGUAUGGGCAUGGGCGAUGCAUGUGGUGUGUAUGGGCGUGGGCGAUGCACGUGGUGUGUAUGGGCGUGGGAGAUGCACGUGGUGUGUAUGGGCGUGGGCGAUGCACGUGGUGUGUAUGGGCGUGGGCGAUGCAUGUGGUGUGUAUGGGCGUGGGCGAUGCAUGUGGUGUGUAUGGGCGUGGGCGAUGCAUGUGGUGUGUAUGGGCGUGGGCGAUGCAUGUGGUGUGUAUGGGCGUGGGCGAUGCAUGUGGUGUGUAUGGGCGUGGGCGAUGCAUGUGGUGUGUAUGGGCGUGGGCGAUGCACGUGGUGUGUAUGGGCCUGGGCGAUGCAUGUGGUGUGUAUGGGCGUGGGCGAUGCAUGUGGUGUGUAUGGGCGUGGGCGAUGCAUGUGGUGUGUAUGGGCGUGGGCGAUGCACGUGGUGUGUAUGGGCGUGGGAGAUGUGACUUUUGAUGCUGAGGAGCGCUGGUGUGCGACAGUGGCAUACGAUGCAUGUGUGCGCAUGUGGAUUGACGAGGCUGCCAAGGGGUUCAUUUAUCCAUGCCCAAUGCAUGCCCCACGUCCCUUGUCCCACAAAUACAGUGCUGAGGAGAGGUGGAGCGCAACGGUGGCAUAUGAUGCAUGUGUGCGCAUGUGCAUGGACGAGGCAUCCAAGGGGACAUCACCCCACGCGCAAUUCUUCCUGCAAGACGCUGCCUGUGCCUCCCUGCGGACCUUCUUUGGGUGA